AUGCGCCGUGUGUCUCUGUGGCGUAGGACCGGGUCAGCUCUCUACUCGCCGCAGGGCGGGGUUUCGUGCUGUCCAAGAGGAUCCGCUGUGGACAUGGCUGCUCACUGCACAGAGACGAUGCUGACCGCCCUGGGGCUGCUCAGUGUCUGUGCGGCCAGCAGCUCCGGGUCCGGGGUUUCGGGAAAGGCGGGUGGGGAGGCAGAAUGGGCGGAGCCGUGGGACGGCACGGUUUUCCGGCCGCCAGCUGCGCUAGGCGCCGUGGGGGUGGCGCGCGGGCCGGAGUCCCAGCCGCCGGGGAGCAAGGAGACUGCAGACCUACCGGUGCUGCUGUGGUGGAGCCCAGGCCUCUUUCCACACUUUCCGGGCGACUCGGAGCGCAUCGAAUGUGAGCACGGCGCGUGCGUGGCGUCCCGGGACCGACGGUCGCACGCCGACCCGCGGACGCGCGCACUGCUUUUUUACGGCACCGACUUCCGCGCAGCCGACGCACCUCUUCCGCGCCUGGGGCACCAGAGCUGGGCGCUACUGCACGAGGAGUCGCCGCUCAACAACUUCCUGCUGAGCCACGGCCCUGGGAUCCGCCUCUUCAACAUCACGGCCACCUUCAGCCGCCACUCGGACUACCCACUGCCGCUGCAAUGGCUGCCCGGGGUCCCCUAUUUGCUCCUGCCUGCGCCUCCGCUCCGGGAACGCACCGAGUGGCGUCGUCGCGGGUACGCGCCGCUGCUCUACUUGCAGUCCCACUGCGAUGUGCCCUCGGACCGGGACCGCUACGUACGCGAGCUCAUGCGCUACAUCCCGGUGGAUUCCUAUGGCAAAUGCCUUCAGAACCGCGAGCUGCCCACCGUGCGGCUACAGGACACAGCCACGGCCACCACCGAGGAUCCAGAACUCUUGGCCUUCUUGUCCCGCUAUAAGUUCCAUUUGGCCCUGGAAAAUGCCAUUUGUAAUGACUACAUGACAGAGAAACUGUGGCGCCCCAUGCAUCUCGGUGCUGUGCCUGUGUAUCGUGGCUCACCCUCUGUGAGGGAUUGGAUGCCCAAUAACCACUCCAUCAUCCUAAUUGAUGACUUUGAGUCCCCUCAAAAGCUGGCAGAGUUUAUUGACUUUCUGGACAAGAAUGAUGAAGAGUAUUUGAAAUACCUGGCGUACAAGCAACCAGGGGGUAUCACCAACCAGUUUCUCCUGGAUAGCCUGGAGCACAGGAAGUGGGGAGUGAAUGAUCCAUUGUUGCCUAACUACCUCAAUGGCUUUGAGUGUUUCGUCUGUGACCAUGAACUGGCCCGGCUGGAAAAUGAGAAAGCCCGUGCAUCCUCUCCUGGGGACAUCCCUGUCCCCGAGCCUCACAUUGCCGAGCCCUCACACAUGAACUGUCCAGUGCCUACCCCUGGCUUUGGCAAAGUCGAAGAGAUUCCUGAGAAUGACAGCUGGAAGGAAAUGUGGCUACAAGAUUAUUGGCAAGGUCUCUAUCAGGGGGAAGCUCUCACUGCUAUGAUCCACAACAAUGAAACACAGCAGAGGAAAUUUUGGGAUUAUGUACAUCAGAUCUUCAUGAAAAGGAAUAAAAAUCUCUAACUGCCCUUGGAAGAGCCUGUAGCUUGGAAGACGUCUGGAGACAUUUACCAUGGCACCAAAGGCACAUCCACUGUAACCUUUAGUGAACAUUGUCUACCUUGAUGUCUUCACUGAUUCUCCUGCCCUGUACUGGGGAUGGAACUUGAGGUUUUGAGAAUGCUAGGCAAGUACCCCUAGCCCUCUCCACUGUGCCUGAAUUACCGGUAUGGAGCCAGUAUCUCAGUCUGUGGUAAUAGAGCAGCUGAAGCACCCAUUUGACUCGAGUAUGCUGCUCGCCUCUAGCCAUUUCGUCAUUUCAAAUAUGGACAGGAUGGGUCUGGCUGUGAUCUCAAACGUCCGUCGUUUUUAGUACCUUUCUUAAGAGUGUCUGUUCCUCAUCUUGCUUUUCUCAUCAGCUGUUUCACUCUUAAAGAGGCAAAACUGGGGUUGUGGGUA